CCUUACUUAUUCCGGCCCCCCUCACUCCUCCAUCCCCUAGCUCGCCCGCCUAUCCUCUCCACCUUCUCAGCCACACAGAGAAAGAGCGUCCAAGCUCCAGCUAGCUAGCCACCAAUGGCCGCCGCACUGAGCCUCCGCGCGCCCUUCUCCGUGCGCGCCGUGGCGCCACCGGCGCCCCGCGUGGCCCUGGCGCCCGCGGCCCUCAGCCUCGCCGCCGCCAAGCAGGUGCGGGGAGCCAGGCUCCGCGCGCAGGCGACGUACAAGGUGAAGCUGGUGACGCCCGAGGGCGAGGUGGAGCUGGAGGUCCCCGACGACGUCUACAUCCUCGACCAGGCCGAGGAGGAGGGGAUCGACCUGCCCUACUCCUGCCGCGCCGGCUCCUGCUCCUCCUGCGCCGGCAAGUUGGUGUCCGGCGAGAUCGACCAGUCCGACCAGAGCUUCCUCGACGACGACCAGAUGGAGGCCGGGUGGGUGCUCACCUGCCACGCCUACCCCAAGUCCGACAUCGUCAUCGAGACCCACAAGGAGGAGGAGCUCACCGCAUAAGCUGCUAUACCUAUCUCUCUUUGCAACGAGAUCGAGCUGAUAUCAUACUAUCUCCUUAUCAUGCAUGCAUUGACAUGGCCAGAUACUCCGAUUUGUUUGUGCUCGAAUGAAUUGCUCGAUGCGUGAUUUGGUCAAGUAAUAAUGUCUCCGAAUUACCUUUUUGUACCGUAAGAUAUACUACUGUCGUAAUACUAGCGUGUACGUAAUUCAACGUACUGAAAUGAAUCCUGAUGGCUGAGGAGUCUCUCUGAUUAAUAAUAUCUUCUUUUUAAUUAA